UCUGCGUCCGCGGAGAAGGACGCACGUCCGUCGUGACAAUCGUGAGCCGCAACUUGACGUACGGUAAACUGACGUCGAAAGUUUUCGAGUCGUGUGUAGUGUGUACCCCGCGAGUGAAUUGGGAAUAUAUUUUCGAAUACGAACAUCAUGGACGACUGAAUAUCUUCUGCUGUGCUCAGUGCUAAGUUAAUUUAAGUGAAUAUAAAGACUGCUAGUGUUAAAUAAAUAAUUGUGCUGAUAAUGGAGUUCAAGACACAUUUACUAGUGACAGCUACGCUCGUGUUGAUUGCAGUGACGUUGUGCGACGGCGCUCGUGAUGCAAGCUGCCCGAGGAUCUGUGGACCAUCGCUGCAGGGCGAGCCUGUCUGUGCGACAGAUGGCUACAUCUACCCUUCCCUCUGUGAGAUGAGGAAAAAGACUUGUGGAAAAGGUGUACGACUUGCUCAAGACCAGGGUUCCUGCUCCCGUGCACAAGGAUCUAAAUGCGAACACAGGUGUACCUCGGAACGGGACCCAGUCUGUGGCACCAACGGACGGACUUACUUGAACAGAUGCAUGCUCCAAGUCGAGAUUUGCAGAGUCGGCAUUGGACUGUCACAUUUGGGAGCUUGUAACAAUAUCAGCGCGCACCGAGAGAAUUGUCCAGUAGAUUGCUCACAGGCGCCUCUUGAUGGACCUAUAUGCGGCUCAGAUGGCAAUGUUUAUAAGAGCACGUGUCAGAUGAAGCUUUUGACUUGCGGGCAAGGUGUGGUUCGUACCAGCAAGAAACACUGUCAGACAACCCGCCACUGUCGUGAAUCGUGCUGGCGUGUUGCGCGACCGACAUGCGGUUCAGAUGGAAAACUGUAUGCUAAUGCUUGUAGGAUGAAGGCUACUAACUGCGGAAAACACGUGUUCGAAGUACCUAUGGCCUUCUGUGUAUCGCAAGAAAGGACCUCAGGUGGUGAAUCAUGCCCUACUGACUGUUCUGGACAAAAGGAGAAACUGGUUUGUGGAUCAGACGAGAAUAUCUACAGAAACGAGUGUGAGAUGAAGAUGCUAAAUUGUGGUGUCAGUAGCAGGAAAAUAGUGAAGAAAGUCGAUAUGGAGAAGUGUCGUGGUAAAAUGAACAAGUGUCUGAAGGUUAAGUGUCCCAGUGAAACUGACCCAGUGUGUGGUACUGAUGCUAACGUGUAUACAAACUCCUGCCAUCUCAAGGUUGCUACAUGCCUCAAAGGAGUUCAAUUAGCCCACUUCGGUAACUGCACACUGCUGCCGCGUCUUGAAAUAGAUUGUCAGGAUAAUUGUGAUAACGCAGUAGAACAACCUGUUUGUGGAUCUGAUGGAAAUGUUUACAAGUCUGAAUGCGAGCUUCGUCGACUUACGUGUGGUCAGCACGUGGUAGCAGUUUCAGCCGCCCACUGUCGCACUACAGCUCUGUGCCAUGAGUCAUGUCCCAGCACGCCAGCCUUCGUUUGCGGUUCAGACAAUAGGUUUUACAAAAAUGAGUGUCUGAUGAAGAAGGAAAACUGUGGUAAACACGUAUUCGUAGUGCCACUGAAGCGUUGCCUGUCCCGCUUCCAAUACUCGGGGUGUGCCAGAGUGUGCCCCCCUGAAUACGACCCCGUCUGCGGCACUGAUGACAAGACCUACUCCAACAAGUGCUUCCUGGAGAUGGAGAAUUGCCGGUCUAGAAGCUUGGUCCAACUGAAAUAUUUGGGCACAUGCACAGAACCCAUAGCGGAGGAGCCGAAAAACUAUUUAUAUCGAUAGACUAAAUCGACUAUAAUCGACUCGAGUCAUGUCGAUAUCUCGCUUAACUCAUAUCGUAUGAUAAUCUACCCAAUUUAAUUAGUGCCAACCCCUUUUUAUAAGCAUAAAAGUAUAUGUACUUUAUGCCUAACUCCGUUUGUACUAAACUCAAUGAACACAUCUCCUUUUUUAAAUAUAACUUCUAUAUAUUUAUGACUGCUUGGUAGUGUUAAAUACUAAUAGUUACUGAACUAACUAAGCGGAUUACUAAGUUUGCAACAAUAUGCAUUUCAGCUCUGCUCCUAUUGGUCGCAGCGUGAUGUUAUAUACCUUAUAGUAUUCCAUGAUGAAUGGGCUAAUCAACACUAAAGGAAUUCGAAAUUGGAUCAGUACUGCCGAUUAACCUGAUCAUCUAAACUUUACUUCUUAGUUUAAUAUUAUAAUAUAUUAUCUAAGUUUAGUGCAAACGGGUUUAAGCCUAUCUUAACUAUGUCUUCCAAUUAACUUUAUAUUAUAAGGAUUAUUUAUUGUAUGUAUAAUAAUAUUUAUUGACUUUUUUAUAUGUAAUUCGGUCAUUGUUUACAUUUAUUGUGAUUUUAAUCAGAGUUCUUGCCACGUUGUGACUUCUGACAGCUAUGUGUACCUAGUACAUUAUAUACUUGCUACAUUAAAUACAAUAAACCUGCACGGCUUAGCCUGGCUCCAAUUAUAGCAGCAUCACAUUAUUUAUCAACCGAUUUAAAAAAGUUUUUAGAGUUAAUAUUAAUGCGACUGAUUUUGGUUUUUUCAGUCUUUUUCAUAAAAUACGAUAUUAUUUAAGUUAAAAUAUACCUAACCUAUAUUACACUAUCAUAAUGUAGUUUAAUGUAUGUCUAAUUGUUUUGAAGAUUAGAUUAAAUACAAAUGGUAAUAAAAAUUAUCAAUUGGCCUCCCUCAAUAAAUGGACUAUCCAACACUAAAAGAAUUGUAAGAAGAAAAAGGAUCGGAGAUUACUCCGAACAGCCAAUCUCAAAAACUUUACCUAUUUGUAAUGUUUAUAUUUGGAAAGUCGGGAAAAUUCACUAUGUGGCAAUACCUCGAUUAAUUAGCAAUAAAUUAUAUAUUGAGAAUUUAGGGGCAAAAAUGUUUCAAAAGGCGGGCCGUAUAUUGUUUUCCACCUUCAAUGUAUAAAAAAAGUACAAAAGUAUAUUCCACUAUCGCCCCAGUUGAUGUUCAUGAUAUUUUAUAACAAUUUUCUAAACAAAAUGACGCUAUAUUAUCUAGAUUUAAAUUAAUUUAUUUUCAGACUGUUCGUACAUUUUAUUUAUUGUUUGAAUUAGUUUAAGUGUUGUAAAUAAUUAGAUAAUUUGUCUUACAAAUAUUUUUAUUUAUUUUUUCUACAUCGAUGCAUACAAACGGAUGAGACUAUUCUAUUUUUUUAAUUUAAUUAUAAGUGAGUUUUUUUUAGUUUAUUAUACUCGCUCGCUGCAUUUAAAAAUGGAAGGUUUCUGGACGUAGAAAUUAGCUUGUCAAAACCGUGUAGUUGUAAUAGCUAUAAAUGGGUUAAUCUAUUAUGUGUUUAAAUUGAAAUGUAAUAAAGUUUAGUUUACAGUUGAUUUCAUUUAUAAUACAUAAUAAAUAUAAUUAUCUGUCUGUGUACUGUAAUGGAAGUCUAUGCCACUGAAACGUAGAUAAUGAAAUAAAAAGAA